UUCACAGUUGAAUGUAAGCCAUUUUUUUCCACACAGAACUCGGUUUGGAUUAAACCUCUCCUUUCGGAGUCUUGAUUUUGCAGACAUGGCAUUUUCUGCCAUUUACUUCUUGGACCACAAAGGGCAGGUUCUCAUCUCACGAAAUUAUCGAGGAGACGUUGAAAUGUCAGCGAUUGAGAAGUUCAUGCCUUUACUUCUGAACAAAGAAGAGGAUGGAUUGAGCCCUAUUCUAAUGCAAGAAAAAAUCUACUUUUUGUGGAUAAAAUACAAAAAUAUCUACAUGGUGUGUACAACAAAGAGAAAUGCCAACGUUUCCUUGUCAUUUUCAUUCCUUUUCAAAAUAAAACAGAUUUUCGUGGAGUAUUUUGGGGAACUGGAACAAGAAAGUGUACGGGACAAUUUUGUUCUGAUGUACGAACUCCUUGAUGAGAUUAUGGACUUUGGCUACCCGCAGUUCACUGAGACUGCCAUCCUCCAGGAAUACAUCACACAGGAAGGUUAUAAACUCAAGCAGGGAGCACCCAAGCCUCCAGCUGCUGUCACCAACGCUGUGUCCUGGAGAUCAGAGGGGAUCAAGUAUCGCAAGAACGAACUCUUCAUCGACAUUAUCGAGUCAAUCAACUUCCUGGUGAACGCUCAAGGCUGUGUGGUUCACAGUGAGAUCCUGGGACACGUAUUGAUGAACAGUUUGCUCAGUGGCAUGCCUGAAAUCAAUUUGUGCUUCAAUGACAACGCACUUUUCAACCACAGCCAAAUGGGAGACGCAAACCCUGUGGACUUUGAGGACAUCAAGUUCCAUUCGUGUGUCCGUCUGUCUCGCUUUGAAAGCGAGCGUGCCAUCACGUUCAUCCCACCCGACAAGGAGUUUGAGCUCAUGUCGUACCGAGUGACCAGUCGAGUCAGACCAUUUCUCGUGGUGGUUGCAGAUGUCCAGAGAUAUAUGCACAGUAGAAUGGAGAUCACGGUCAAGGUUAAAGGGCAGUUUAAAGAGCGCCUCUCCGCUACAAAUGUUGUGAUCAUUGUCCCGGUUCCCAGCGACGCCUCAUCUCCCAAAUUCAAUACCGCUAAAGGACAUGUGCAAUGGGCGCCAGAGGAGAGUGCCAUCAUCUGGUCUAUAAACUCCAUUCAGGGCGGAAAGCAAUUUGCAAUGAAGGCUCACCUGGGGCUGCCCAGUGUACAAGCCGAGGAGCCUGAGGGAAGGCCCCCCAUCAGAGUGAAAUUCCAAAUCCAAUACCUGGCCUCCUCAGGCCUGCAGAUCAAAUAUAUCCGGAUAAUUGAAAAGAGCCUCUACAGUGCGGUCUCCUGGGUCAGAUCUCUGACACAGAGCGGAGAUUUUCAGAUCCGGAUUUAGAACGCAGUGUCUCCCAGUUCCACUUCAGACAGAAGACGUGCGAUUUCAGCUGGAGACUGACCAUCAGUCACAAGAACAUGACUCACAGCGUCGCCUGCGCUCGUGUGACAUGCAACAGUAAAUACACCAGUUACACAACGGGUCAUAUCCCAGCUGUCGUGUACUUGGCUUAAGCUGCUCUUUUUUGUUAUGUCAUCCUGGCUCAGUGUCCUGUCAGUCUGGGAUGUCCGUCUUCUCGCUGUGAAAGGCACUGUACCAAAUGCAAGGAUUAUUAUUGUAUUAUUAAAGGCAGAAUACG